AGAAGAUAAUCCUUCUUUCUCCCUCUCUUUCUUCUCUAGUUUCUCAUUCUCUCCACAGCAAUCACCACCACCACCAGAUUCAUGGCCGCGGUCUCUUCCAUUUCCCCGAGCUUCCGUCUCUCAUCAACAAAGAAAUCUUCUUCCUCUUCUAAACUCACCACCACUACAUCAUGUUCAUUUGUAAACCCUACUCGUUCCUCAUCUUCAUCUCGUAGAAUCAGUUGUUCUUUACUAAAAUCAUCACCACUACAUUACUCAUCACUCCGCCACUCCCUCUUCUCCUCCUCCACUUCAUCUUCUUCAUCACCAGCUAAACCUAGUAAGAACAAGAGAAUGAGUGUGAAGAUGAUGAGUGUAGAUGCGGGGAUAGGAGUUAUGGGAACUAAAUUAGGAAUGAUGACUUAUUUCGAACCAGUUGGUGGUAAAGUUGUUCCAGUUACGGUUGUUGGUUUUAGAGAAGGAAAUAUAGUUACUCAGAUUAAGACAGAAGCAACUGAUGGGUAUGAUGCUGUUCAGAUUGGGUAUAGAAGGGUUAGGGAUAAGAAAUUAAAGAAACCUGAAAUGGGUCAUUUGAAUAAGAUUGGUGCAAUUCCAUUGAGACAUUUACAGGAGUUUAGGCUUACUGAUAUUGAAGGGUUUGAACCUAAUCAGAAAUUGGUUGUUGAAGAAAUUUUCAAGGAAGGUGAUCUUGUUGAUGUCUCUGGAACUACUAUUGGAAAGGGUUUCCAAGGUGGUAUCAAGAGGUGGAAUUUCAAGAGAGGACAAAUGACUCACGGUUCCAAGAGUCACAGACAAUUGGGAUCAAUUGGUGCUGGAACAACACCAGGACAUGUGUACAAAGGAAAGAAGAUGCCUGGGAGAAUGGGAGGGACUAAAACCAAGAUUCGAAAGCUCCCCAUUAUCAAGAUUGACAAUGACCUCAGGAUCAUUAUGAUUAAAGGGGCACUACCUGGUAAACCAGGAAAUCUUUUGCGCAUAGCACCUGCAAAGAUUGUUGGUGUCAACAUUCCCAAGAAUUAGAUCAAGCCGCAUAGUUGUCUCCCUGUAAUUCUUUUUGUUCUUCAGCAUUCAUUUUGUAUGUUUAUAAGAAGAUAAUUGUGCUCAGUUCAUCCUCAUGUCGUUCUGUAUGAUGUUUAGUAGAAGGUCAUGUUUAAGUUCCUGUUAACUGAGAGCUUUUUUUUGUAACACAUUAUAAAGCUGGAGGAGUUGAGGCCUAACCUAAGUGCACUUUGUUGUUCUUUUUGUACAUUUUCCCACCAGUAAUGCAGAUAAUUUCAGUUUGAA